UCCUCUUUGAACUCUUCGGAGUUUCCAAGUUUUCACCUCUCGAAAUUUAAUCUGUGUGAUUUCCAGGAUAUCUCAACGACCUCAUACGUGACGGGAACAUCGUUCAGCAAGCGCAGAGCACUUUCACUGACAAUAUGUGGCUACCGUGCGGUUGCACUUCCAAGUACGUCGCUUCUUCUUUCGCUCGUCGGAUUCUUGCUUCUUAUCUCCAUGUUUCGGGUCGAAGUCGGUGCAACGUCGCGGCGUUCAUGCCGGAGGCUGCGGGCUUAGAGGGGGUGUCGGGCCGCGCGGCGCUGCGGGAGUUGUCCGUCUCCAACAGUGAGAGCUUCUGGGCCGCUGUGGCGCGCCACAGGCUCUGCUGGAGCACUGCUUUCCACACCGUGCAGGACUGUGACCUGAGCCGAGGCAAGAUCAAGUGGUUCGAGGGAGGAAAGCUGAAUGUGUCCGUGAACUGCUUGGACCGCCAUGUGCACACCUGUCCUGAGAGGGUGGCUCUGAUCUGGGAGAGAGAUGAAAAGGGGUCAGAGAUGAAGUACACGUACGGAGAGUUGCUGGAGAUGACCUGUCGACUGGGCAAUCUGUUAAGGCGGCAUGGUGUGAAGAGGGGGGACUGCGUCACCAUCUACAUGCCUACCUGCCCGCUGGCCGUGGCGUCCAUGUUGGCCUGUGCCCGCAUUGGUGCGGCCCACAACGUGGUGUUUGCGGGCUUCAGCGCGGAUGCCCUGGCAGAGCGAAUCAGGGAUGGUGAGAUUACAUCUGAUAUGUUUUGUUUGCAAUGAGCAAACAAACAACUGUGCACAGGCUCUACUGACCUCCUGGCACAGUGACAGAUACAAAAUCUAAACACGGGUUGUUGUGUCUUCUUGUGAUCUGGCCUUAAAAAUAUAAAUGGUGUGGUAACUGUGUUUAUUCACUGCAUCGUACAGGAGAUGCUAAAGGAAGAUGUUGUGUGUGAGCCAGCUGUCAUGAACAGCGAGGAUGUCCUGUUCCUCCUUUACACAUCUGGCAGCACAGGGAAGCCCAAAGGUCUUGUCCACACGCAGGCUGGAUACCUUCUGUAUGCUGCGCUCACACACAGGUAUGUCUUCAGCUACCACGAUGGUGAUGUAUUUGGCUGUGUGGCGGAUAUUGGCUGGAUAACGGGACAUAGUUAUGUGGUCUAUGGGCCGCUGGCCAAUGGGGCAACCACUGUGCUGUUUGAGAGCACUCCUAUUUACCCAGACCCAGGAAGAUACUGGGACAUGGUUGAGAGACUCAAGAUCAACCAGUUUUAUGGGGCCCCCACAGCAAUCCGCCUGCUGCUUAAUUAUGGAGAUCAGUGGGUGAACAAGUACGACCGCUCCACCCUCAAAACCCUCGGGUCUGUGGGCGAGCCGAUCAACACCGAAGCAUGGGAGUGGUACCACAGAGUAGUCGGGGACGGACGCUGUCCUGUGGUGGACACCUGGUGGCAGACCGAGACGGGUGGCAUCUGCAUCGCACCAAGGCCAUCAGACCCAGACGCAGAGAUUGUCCCAGGAAUGGCUAUGCGACCCUUUUUUGGCAUUAACCCGGUGCUUAUGGACACUGAGGGCGAAGUGCUGACUUCCAACAACACAUCCGGAGCCCUGUGUAUGGCUCAACCUUGGCCUGGUAUGGCCAGAACCAUUCAUAAAGACCACCAGAGAUUUAUUGACACAUACUUCCAGCCUUAUCCUGGUUACUUCUUUACUGGUGACGGUGCCUAUCGGUCUGAGGAGGGGUACUACCAGAUCACUGGCCGCCUUGAUGAUGUCAUUAACGUGAGCGGUCACAGGAUAGGGACAGCAGAGAUAGAGGACGUAGUGAAUCAGUGUCCUGCAGUGGCUGAAUCUGCUGUCGUAGGGUAUACACACAGCAUCAAAGGACAAGGUGUCUACGCCUUUGUGGUGCUUAAAAAAGGCAUCGAUGUACAAGAGGCAGACUUGUCGAGGCAGCUAAACGGCAUGGUAUCUGAAAAGAUCGCCAAGUACGCUUCUCCGGAUUUCAUCCAGUUUGCCAAGCGUCUGCCAAAAACCCGCUCGGGUAAGAUAAUGCGACGGGUGCUGCGUAAAGUUGUGGAGAGUGACUUGGAGGGUUUGGGCGACCUCAGUACUCUGGAUGAUCCUGCAGCAGUUCAGGAGAUCAUUCAAGGUCACGAGAAACUCUUGAGUAAAAAUGGACCAUAAGGUGUUUUCUGAAGGAGAGAAGAGUGCACAUGGAAAGCUUGCAUGUUGCACUCCAUUUUCAUGAACCAGACCUGUGCCUUUGUAUGAAAACAUAUUUUUAAUUGCCAGAUCAUUCCGAUAGGCUCUUUUAAAAUCUGUCUACACUCUCCAGAUAAACCAGACCCACAAAACCUUUAAAAAGUUCCCACCUAACCUCCCAGAACUUUUUACCAAAUAAUGUUAUUUAAUGAAGCCAGAUGAAAUUUCAAUUUUUGGACUAUUUUACAAGUUAUAUCCCCUUUAAGAAAGGGAAACAUGGAAUUUUCGGGGUUGGAAAAACAAAUGUCAAUGUCAAAUUUGACAAUUUAAAAACUGCAAAUGAGUUAAUUUUACACAAAAAUUCAAACUCUAAAGCCAAAAUCUUGUUUUUGUUCAGCACAAUUUUUCUAACCUUGAGCUUCAAUGUCGCAAGAGGUGGUAUAGAGUCAGAGAAAAAAUUGCACCAAAUUAUUGUCUAUGACACAAUAACAGGAAAAAAGCAUUGCUUGGUGAUAAUUUGCUACAGAGAAGCUCAAAAUGUGAACUUUAGGUAAACUUUAAAGGGUCGUAUCACCAUGUGGGAUUAGAGUCUGGCUGAAAGAAUUUACUACAUAUGAGAGGUCUCUUUUUAGCCUACAUUUUGAUAGGAUGAUUUUUCUAUCAGUGAUUCUUUGGGUCCAAACUAAUUUUCUAUUGUUUCAAAUUUCAUAUAUUAGGUAGGAGAUGGCAUGUGAUGGCUCAAAAAUGCUAGAAGGAAUAAUGUGAAUUAAAAAGCACAAAAUGUUGAUGUACUUCAAGCUGGGAUCAUAGUAUGAAGGUAUAAUUUUGCUUGCCUUCAUGACAUAUACCAAUUUUCAUGUGAGCAGACAUACCGACAUUUCUUAGUAGGAAUUAAAAAGAAUAUUGUGUGAAAGUCUGUUUAUUACACAGUAAUAACCACUUUCCCAUUGGAAAUGUUGUACACUAAGCUACUGUAAAGUCACAUAAAUGCAUUAAAGAUUUACAGAGUUGUUUUUGUUUUUAUCUUAAAAUGUGAACUUUAUGUGGGACCAGAACUUUGAGUGGUGUGACACACAAGCCUUCUUCAAACUAUUAAAGUACCUCUGUUAACAGAACAAAGUGUGCUGUCUGAGAGCACUGGAACGUUAGCGAGUGACACGGCGAGGACCCUUUAUGUUCCUUAUUCCCACACUGAUAUACUAUUGACUCAACAUCAUC